AUGGAAGUCCUGAUCCACGUCAAAGCGGUGGCCAUCAACCCAGCCGAUUACAAAAUGAUUGACGAGGGUCAUAGAGUCAACUCAUGGCCUUUGGCUCCGGGUCUCGACGGCGCGGGCGUGGUAGAGGGUGUUGGAGCCAACGUGAAAAACGUCGCAUUGGGCGAUCGAGUCCUGGCACUUUUCACUGCUGGAGACUAUGCCGCAUCAUAUCAAACAUUUGCGGUGGUUGAGGAGAAAUCGGUCGCGAGAAUUCCGAACUCGUGGUCGUUCGAGGAUGCGGCAUCCUUGGGUGUCUGUUAUCUGACCGGGAUUAUGGCACUGGGAAUAGGUCUCAAAUCCCCUUUACCCUUUUUGAGGGAUGGACCCAUCUCGGGUCUAAGGCCCUCGUCCGCGCUUAUCUUGGGUGGCAGCUCAGCAGUGGGGUCGGCCACCAUUCAACUGCUCCGUCUCGCUAUCCCUGACUGUAUGAUUCUGACAACAAGUUCGCCCAGGCAUCAUGCUCAUCUGACAAAUUACCUCAAUGCCGAUCACGCUUUCGAUAGGGGCUCUGCCUCCUUGAUCACGGAUGUGAAAUCAGUCACCCCGGGCUCUCGGGGAGUGGAUGUCAUCAUUGAUGUCGUUGGCGCCGGAGGUAUGCAACCAGACAUUUUCAAUGUCCUGGACAAAGGUGGACCACAAAAGUAUGCUCAAGUAUGGACGGGGAAAGACCAGGUUCAGACUCCGUCGGGAGUGAACUCAGUGAUGUUUCGAGGACGCGACCUGCCACAGUUACUGGGAAAUGCCAACAUUGUGCCGACAUUAGAAACAUUAAUCCGCGAAGGCAGGUAUAAACUACCACUGCCAGUGCGGAUUGUGGGACAGGGUCUCGAGGGGCUAGAAAAAGGGUUGGAGCUCAUGCGACAAGGUGUGAGUGGAGAGAAACUAGUAGUCAUUCUCUAG